AUGGCUAUGGCUGCUUCUUCUUCAUCUUCAUCCAUACACGUUAGAAGCAAAAAAGUAGCUAUGCUUUCAACCAAUGUUUAUUUACCAGAUGAAUGUUGGGAAUGUAUCUUCAAAUUCCUUAUCAACCACGACGCCGACGACACCCGCCGUCGCUACUUUCAUCUCAAGUCUCUUUCCCUCGUCUCCAAACAGUUACUCUCCGUCACAAAUCGUCUUCGAUCAUCUCUCACUAUCUAUUAUCCUACAUGCCAAUUCUUCCAUAGAUUCUCCAACAUCUCCUCCCUCAACCUAUCCUCCUACUGCGACGGUGAUCUCGACGAUCUUCUCGUCCAAAUCUCUCGUUUUCCAUUGAAUAUCACAUCACUCAAUAUCUCAAACCAAGUCAAGAUUCCAGCAAAGGGAUUGAGAGCUUUCUCCCUAAGCAAUACAAUUUUGAGAUCUCUCAUAGGUUCCCACAUUGCUACUUUCUAUGACACCGACAUGUUAUUCAUUGCCGAAUGCUUCCCUUUCCUUGAAGAACUUGACCUCAGUAGCCCUACAAAUUUCAAAUUUUACAAAACCGCCUUCUUCUCUGCACAGGCUCUUUCAUUCGCACUGCCCAAACUCUGCAAAGUUAACCUGUCUAAUAAUUACUAUAUCUCCAACGAAUUACUUUUCCACUUGUUCAAGAACUGUAAGCUUCUCGAAGAAGUAAGCAUCGUUAAUUGUUCGCGCAUAACCCUGCCUGGCAUGGCAGCUGCUCUACGCGAGAGGCCAACAUUGAGGUCUUUAUCUUUUACUGGGCCCUUUUACGACUCCCUUACUUCACCUUUCAUUGACUCAUUGAUGAGUUUGAAGGGUUUGACUUGUCUUAAAUUGUGCUCUUUUAUCACCUCUGAUGAGUUGCUCUCCUCUAUUGCAAUGGAGGGUCUUCCUUUGACAAGGCUUGAUCUCCCAAAUUGUCCAGAAAAUAGUUAUACCGGAAUAUUCUCUUUGCUAUCCAAGUGUCCAUGUAUACAACAUUUGAAUCUUCACAGGGCAUAUUUUCUGAAUAAUCAGCGUGUUGCCGAGUUGUCUUUAUUUCUUGGUGAUUUGAUGUCUAUAGAUCUUAGUCAGUGUAAUAGACUCACAGAAUCAGCCUUGUUUGCACUCGUUAGUAACUGUCCUUCACUUAUUGAGAUCAAAAUGGAAUGGACAUCUAUUGGAAAAGAGAGUGUAAGGAAUUCUAAUUCUUCGAUGGAUUGUAUUGUAAACUCUCAAUUAAAGUCUCUCUAUUUGGCUCAUUGUCAAGAGUUAACAGAUGAAACCAUCAUAAGGUUAUCUUCCAUUUUGUCCAAUUUGCAACUGCUUGAUUUGAAUUCUUGCCAACUUAUAUCAGAUGAAAGUAUUUGUCAAGUUUUAAGAAGAUUUUGUAACAUUAGACAUUUGAACUUAGCCAAUUGUUCAAGAGUGAAGCUACUAGUUGGAAUGAACUUUGAACUUCUUAAAUUGGAGGUGUUGAAUUUGUCAUAUACAGCCGUUCACGAUGAAACACUCUCUGCAAUCUCAAAGGGUUGUCGUGGGCUUUUGCAAUUGAAUCUUGAAAAUUGUCAUUAUGUCACAUGUAAAGGGGUGCAAUACGUGGUUGAAAACUGCACAGAACUAAGAGAGAUCAAUUUGCAUAAUUGUGAUAAAGUGCAUGGUAAUGUUUCUUCAAUGUUAUUGUCAAGCCCGUCUUUAAGAAAGAUAAUUGCUCCACCUCAUAUUCAAUUCACUAGAAGAACUAUGAAACUCUUCUCGCACCAUGGAUGCCAUGUUUAA